AUGGUCUACUCAUAGCCUUCUUGUUCAUCGGACAUCGAGUAGUGACCAUCAUCUACAACCUUUUCUUCCACCCUCUGCGCAAUUUCCCAGGGCCCAAGCUCUACGGAGCUUCCAAGAUCCCGUGGGCAAUCCGCCACGCCACGGGCUCCCAGGCGUUCAACACGCAAAAACUCCACGAUAAAUAUGGCCCCGUCGUCCGCAUUGGACCCAACCAUCUCUCAUUCACCGACAUCAGGGCGUGGAGGGAUAUCUACGGCCACCGUGUCGGGGCCGAGAUUGGCAGCGCGACGGAGAUGUCCAAGACUGAGGUCUUUAACCGCACGCUGCGCGAUGUGCCCACCUCGAUCCUAAAUGCGGACCGGGAGGAGCACUCGAAAUUCCGCCGCGCGCUCUCGCAUGGGUUUUCGGACAGUGCCAUGCGCCAGCAAGAGGCUAUGAUUGUGAAGUACAUCGAUCUUUUGCUCAAGAGACUACACGAAGAAUGUGGCGAGGGAAAGAAGAAACUGAACCUCGAGGCUUGGUUUAAUUGGACUACCUUCGACAUCGUGGGGGAUCUGGUGUUUGGGCAGUCGUUUAAGUGCCUCGAAAACAUCGACUACCACCCCUGGAUUGAGUUCAUCUUCAGUAGUGUACGGUUCGGCGCUAUACUGGUGGCCAUGAGAUAUGCCGGCCUGGACACACUGGUCCAGACUAUUGUCAAGUCCGGGAACGUGGCGGUGAACAGAGUACGAAAGUAUACCGACGAAAUGGUAAGGACACGACUAGCCAUGGAAAAGGAUCGUGACGAUCUUUUCGAGGGUAUCGUAAAACGCCGUGAGGAGUGGAAUAUAUCGUUCCAGAAACUAUCCUCCAAUGCAUUUAUCCUCGUCUUGGCCGGAUCUGAGACCACAGCGACCACCUUGUCUGGCGCUACCUACCUCCUGCUAACACAUCCCGAUAUCCUCGCAAAGCUCAGCGAAGAAGUCCGCUCGUCGUUCAGCAGCGCUGAUGAGAUCAAUAUCAGCUCAGUCGGAAAGCUACCGUACAUGCUUGCAGUUCUCAACGAAUCGCUACGAAUGUAUCCCCCGGUUACGUCGAGUCUGGUUCGAAACGUGCCUCCUGGAGGAGAGCAAAUUGCGGGCCAAUUCAUACCUGGCGGCACAUUCGUCGAGAUCCAGCAUUGGUCGAUGAACCAUAGCAAGGAAAACUGGAAGGAUCCAUGGGCGUUCGAUCCCCAGCGCUUUCUAGCCACUCCCGAAGAGGCUGCCAAGGCAGGGAACAAUCUUGAGGCCCUGCAGGCCUUUAGUGUUGGGCCUAGGAAUUGUAUCGGGCGCAAUCUGGCCUAUGCCGAAAUGCGAAUGAUCAUGGCCCGUAUCGUCUACGAUUUCGACAUGAAACUUGCCGACGAAAGCCAGAGGUGGAUCGAGAGGCAGAAGUCGUAUGCGCUUUGGGAUAGGAUCCCGCUUUACGUACACUUGACGCCGGUUCGAUGAUAGGCUGAGACAGGAUGUAAGAGUUGAAAGGGUAGGAAGAGGCCUGGCUUAUAACUAUAUUCUUAGUAGGUAGAUAUGUAGGCAUACGAAGAAUGAUAUAUUUGGAGAGCUUGAUUUGUGUGGAUGAGAGUAUAUAUCUUAAGGUAUAUAGUCUUCUGGGAUGGUGAACGGGGGAGGGGGGGUGGGGGGAUGAUUCCCUACUUAGAUACAUGGUAAGUCUUAACACUAGUCCAUGGCUUAUAUGUAGUUGCUCGCGUAAGAUAAAUAAUAUAAAAUUCUACAACAUCGAGCGGAACAACUCUAGGAGCCUACAUUCAUCAUAGCACUUUUUAAG